AUGGCAUCUCAUGCUACAACACUUGACAGCUAUGACACUAGGAAAAGAAAUAAUGUGUUCGAGUCAAAUUCAAAUGAAAACCCUAACAAUCCAAAUCAAAGCGAAGACGAAGGGCAUAAUGGGAAGUGGCCCCCUCUGGGAUAUGAAACCGUUUCCAGUGAACCUAAAUCAUCGGUUCAAUUGCCUAAACCACAAAUAAACAUGCCGAUAAGUAACGAUACGAACUUCAAAGUUGAACGUAAGCCCUUGUCCAAUUCUACUUCGACUAACGUGGGAGCGGAUGUGAAUACUCUACACCACAUAUUACCCAAAAAUCAACUAAGGAGUAGUGGACCGAUGACAGAUACCAGCGGUGAUGGUAGUAUAUCGAGUGACGUGAAUGUUCCAGUGUGUAAAAAUUGUUUAACUUCCACAACGCCUUUAUGGAGAAGAGAUGAGCAUGGUGCUGUUCUUUGUAAUGCGUGCGGUCUAUUUUUAAAGCUGCAUGGGAAACCUAGGCCAAUUAGUUUGAAAACAGAUGUAAUAAAGUCUCGAAACAGAAAAAGUAAUACAAAUCAUGCACAUAACUUGGAUAAUUUUCGGAAUCAAACAUUAGUUGCAGAGCUUAAAAGUGAAGGUAGUGUAGAAUCAAGCAAUCGCAAGGUAAGCAAACUCCCAGCUGACGACAAAAAGAAAAAAAUCUCACAUAUUUCAGUUGGGUUGGCAUCCGCAGGAAAAAUCUCGAAAAUCUCGAAAAUGGAUCAAAAAGAUAAAAGCGACUCUCACAUAUCAGCAACAAAACUGGAAGUGCUAAUGUCAGCAGAUUCUUCGAGGCCGAAGUUGAAACCGAAGCUUUUGAAGCAAGAAGCGCCUGUGCAACAGGAAAGGCUGCUUACUUUCCCAAGCUACACAGAUAUCAAGGAACAUUCGGACCCUCUCCUUCAGUCUACAGCGACUAAAGAGCGGCCGCAAUUUGGCACAGGAUCUCUUACAUCCAAUGCUACGCAUUCAGUAGCGUCAAAGACAGGCGCAGAUUCUCCACAAUUACCGCACCUAUCAAUGCUACUUGGUAGUUUGAAUAGCGGUUCAGUAUCGAAUAACAUAAGUGAGACAGUUUCCAGCUGCAACAAUGGCAUAGUCUCAACCGCCGCAACUUUAGCACCAACAUCUUCACGCACAACGGACUCCAACCCAUCCGAUAUACCGAACCAAAUCAGAUCCACGAUGUCAUCACCAGAUAUAGUAUCUGCUAAGCGUAAUGAUCCAACGCCUCUAUCCUUCCAUAUGGCGUCUAUCAAUGAUAUGUUAGAGACAAAAGACGGUAGCGCGAAAACCGAUGCCACCGUAUCUCAUUUUAAACCGUUAAUACAAUCUUCCAAAGCUCCAUAUCUACCUACAGCCAAUUCUUCAGCGACGUUUAAUAGCGUUUUAAGCUUAGAUGUUGCAUCUGAGCGAAAACGAGGUGGUCAUCCAACUGAGAGCCUAACUGGUGACUAUCCUUUAUCCGCUAAAUUACACAAAGAAGAAGAAAUAAUAAGGCUGAAGACGAGAAUCAACGAGUUAGAACUUGUCACAGAUUUAUAUCGGAGGCAUAUCAACGAAUUAGAUGGGAAAUGCAAAGCUCUUGAAGAACGUUUAGAAAACGCAGAACCGCAGAACGGAUAUAAAAGCAGAUAG